GACAAUUGUCGCGGAGGCCUGGAAAAGGGCUGGAUGGGGUCCCUUCGGGUCGAGGCUCGGUCGAGGCCAAGCAGGCAGGCCGCCCACCGCUUCCAGCCUCAGCAUGGAACUGACGGUGACUUCACUGCCCAGACUGUGGGCAAGUCACUGCGGUCUAGUGAUUCUUGGAUUUUGGGUAUAUCGUGAGGGUCCCAUUUCUUGUUUCAAAUAAAAAUUUCAGACGUUUUUUUUUUGCGCUUUGAUUCCGACUUGAUUAUAUCGGUUGUCAAUCCAAAUUUGGAUCGCGCUUUUUCGGUUCCCAGCCACUGAUUGGGCCUGGGUCCAAGCUCCAAAAUCCCGCCGUGCAAUGCCGUUCAUCCCCAACACGCCCGAGUCCCUCCUCGCCCGCAAUGACUCCAAGAACCCCUCGACGACAUGCCGCGGCAUAACGUCCAGCGGCCGAGCGUGCCGCCGGUCGUUGGCCGCAGGCUCGGACGGAUCGUCCGCGCCCUCGACCCCGCCUCGGCGCCGGCGGGGCAACCUCCGGGUCGACGACCCCAGCGACGAGUCUCUAUACUGCUGGCAGCACAAGGAGCAGGCGAGCAUGUCGGCCCAUUCGAGUCCCGGUCCGAGGGCCUCUCACACCCCGAUACUCGAAGAGCGCACCAGCAUCGACACGCUGGCUGACCGCCUCGGACUGCUAGACGUGACGCAGAAGCCCUCCAAGAGGCCUGCGGCGGCCGACGGUUCCUCGACGGCGAGCAAUUGGGGCGAAAAGAAGAAGAUGACACGGCCCAAGCCCAAAACUCAGAGCCUGUCGCUUUGCUGCUGCUUCACGAUUCCAAUCACAGAGGUAUCGGAGGACCCUCCGCCGAGACCGAAGCCGAGGCCGCUUCAAUCUGCGCCGGCAGUAAAUCAGGGCGCAACCACUCCAACGAGGCCGGGGAGGCAGUCCAAUCAACAUCUCACCCCGAACCACUCCUCCCGGCCAUCCAGGUCAAGCCUGCCCGGCACACCGUCGAGUGGCCCACGUCGGUCGCGGCAUUCGUCAUCGGCCUCGGCGACCUCCCAGACCGCGCAGUUCAUGUCCCUGAUCCCGCCCACCGCCUCCCCCGAGGUCGCCUCACGGCUGCUAGCCGAGCUCGCAAAACCCGUCUCGGAUCAAGACGAUGCUGGGUACAUUUACAUGUUCUGGUUGACGCCCACAGACGAUGAUGCCAGCCCGCCAGUCGACGCCGCCCGUUCCCUCCUGGCACCACCAUCGAAACCCGGCGGACGCUCCAGACGACCGAGCGACGUGCUCGCCUCAUUCGCAUCGGCAACGGCAGACCCCAAGACCAAGGGCGGCAAGAAGAAGACGAUCCUGCUCAAGAUCGGCCGCGCGACUAACGUGCAGCGCCGGCUCAACGAGUGGACGCGGCAGUGCGGCUACGACCUCUCGCUGAUCCGCUACUACCCGUACAUCCCAUCCUCCUCGCCCGGCGCGAGCCCCAGCUCCGCCAGGUCGUCGGCCUCCCUCGUCCCGCGCAAGGUCCCGCACAGCCACAAGGUCGAGCGGCUGGUGCACAUUGAGCUGCAGGGGUUGGGCCUCCGGGUGGCCGAUCGGGAAAAGUGCGAAAGCUGCGGCCGCGAGCACCGCGAGUGGUUCGAGGUCGAGGCGUCGCGCAAGGGGGUCGAGGAGGUGGAUCAAAUAAUAAGGAGAUGGGCCGACUGGGAUGAGGGUAGGAUUUAAUGUCGGUUUCUGUUUAUGUUCAUGGUCUUUUUUUUUCUGGCAUGUGUAAUUGAUGGGUCUGGAAUGACGCUUUGAGGACCUUGGUUGAAGGAAAUCAAGUUUUUUUUGGCAUAGUUUUGGAGUUUCUUUUUUAUUCUUUUGGGUUUCACCGUUGCGUUUGCAUGUUGGACGCCAGGUUUGUUACACGAACCUUUUUUUUCUUUGUCCAAAGAGGGGUGCUACGUCACGCAGCCUAGUCUAAUGAAAUACAGAAUGACGAACCAAACAUUAGUUCGCAGGUGC